UCUACCUAAUCUACUGACCCGCCAAUUUGCUACUGCGCUCGCUGGACCUCUGGACGACUGCCUAAAAAAAUUUUCGCAAUGUUACACAAAGGUUACCGGCGAAAAAUGAGAAAGAAAGAACCACUAAUAGUUACUGCCUUAGUGAGUGAAGAGAAGACUCAAACCACUCACAAGACUUGAGGUUAGUCUAUAGUAAACUAAAGUAUAGUAGCCAAAAGUUAUAGGGAACAAUAAGAUGUUUAAUAGUUUGAAAACCAGAGGCGUUCAACUCUCUGUGCAAGCUCUUAGGAGUCGUUCAUUGGCUACAGCUCCUGCAUCAAUAUCAUCAUCUAUACCAACUCCAACUCCAACUCCAACUGCAACUGCAUCAUCAACUGCAUCAUCAAUACCUAAACCAGACUUAAGACCAUUAAAGUUGAACUCUAAUGGAUCAAGAGACUUAUACGCCAUUUUCAAAUUACAUAAUAUGCCUUAUAUGGUAACUAGAGGUGAUAAAGUAUACUUACCAUUUCGAUUGAAAGGUGCUCGUGUAGGUGAUCUGUUACUAUUAAAUUAUGUAACUACUUUAGGAUCUCCAGAAUAUACUUGUAAAAUUGAUGAAGGUAUUCCAACGGAUUUAUAUAAAUUAAAAGCCAGUGUGGUUGAAAUUACUCGAGAACCAUAUUAUGAAGUAUAUAGAAAGAAGCAAAGAUGUAGAAGAUUAAAGACUUUCCCUGUGGAACCUUAUCAAACUGUAUUGAUGAUUAAUGAGUUAAAACUCACAUAAUCUUGUAAAUAAAUUAUAUGUUAACUACUU